ACAUCCGAGCGGCGUGAAGUGACGUGUUACGUUCAGAGGUGGGCGUGUCCUCCGCCAUCUUGAUUCUUCUUGUCAGGGACACAGAGGGCACCGGUUUGACUGGCAGCGUCUGGGUCUAUUCUGUCUCCCAAUCAUCUGCACACAGCGCCCGCACCAUGCUGUCCAGAGCCUCCCUGCUGACAGCUGCCAGCUUGAAAAACUCUGCUCCUGUCACGGUUGGUGUCUUGAACACAUGCCGGGCUUUCCACACUGGCCAACCUGCCCUGGCCCCAGUAGCUCCCCUUCCAGAGAAGCCGGGGAAAGUUCGCCAUGGAUUGAUUCCUGAAGAGUUCUUUCAAUUUCUUUACCCCAAAACAGGAGUCACAGGACCUUAUAUGUUUGGGACUGGACUUCUUGUCUACCUUUUGUCUAAAGAAAUAUACGUCAUAAACAAUGAAUCUAUUGCAAUGCUUUCUAUGGGUCUUGUCAGCGUCUACGCUAUCAAGAAAUUUGGUCAUAAAGUGGGAGAAUUUGCUGACAAACUUAAUGACGAGAAAGUUAGUAAAGCUGCAGCUGUGAAAGAAUCUGCACUCAAGGAACUAGAAAGUGCUAUUGAGAUGGAAAAGAAGGAGCAGUGGAGAGUAGAUGGCAGACAGUAUCUCUUCGAUGCUAAACGGAACGUUGUGAGCAUGCUUCUGGAGAUCAACUACAGGGAAAGGUUGCUUACAGUCUACAAUGAGGUGAAAAAACGUCUAGACUACCAACUAGCUCUGCAGAAUCUCCUGCGCCAAAAAGAACAAGAUCAUUUGAUCAAUUGGGUAGAAAAAUCUGUGGUUCAAAGCAUCACGCCACAACAGCAAAAAGAGAGCAUCGCCAAAUGCAUCGCAGACCUGAAGCUUCUAUCAAAGACUGCACAAGCAAGUGCUUAAAUUAUUUUUUUGGCUGCUGCAUUUGUACAGAGAAGGAUCUUAACUGUUUGACUGUACAAUGGAGAACUCUUAAAUACAUAUUUCUACACAA